UCCGGUGCGAGCCGGAAGGGGCGGGGCCAGGCCGUCGUGCGCACUAAGGGGUCGUCCAAGAUGGCGGCCACUGUGUUCCGGGCUGCGGCGGCCAGCUGGAGGCUCGGGGUCCGACCGAGCUGCGGGCUACGGAGGCUGGGUCACACCCAGGCACCUCCUGCACACCCUGGUUUCGUGGAAUCUGUGGAUGAAUACCACUUUGUGGAGCGCCUGCUACCUCCCACCAGCAUCCCAAAGCCUCCAAAGCACGAGUCUUACCCCACUCCUAGCGGCUGGAUGCCCCCGAGAGACACCCCUCCCGACCUGCCGUACUUCGUGCGGCGCUCUCGGAUGCAUAACAUCCCGGUCUACAAGGACAUCACACACGGCAACCGCCAGAUGACUGUCAUCCGGAAGGUGGAGGGCGACAUAUGGGCCCUGCAGAAGGACGUGGAAGGUUUUCUGAGCCCCCUGCUGGGGAAGAGGCCCGUCAUGCAGGUCAACGAGGUGACAGGCACCCUGCGGAUCAAGGGCUACUUUGAUGAGCAGCUCAAAGCCUGGCUGCUGGAGAAGGGCUUCUGAGGACCCCAGGGGUUCCCAGGGGGCAAGUGCUUGGGCAGGAGCUUCUAAGUCUUCGGAACCUGUGUGGAAAGGGGAGAGGACCAGCACCGGGAGCAGCCUGGCUGGCAGGUGGCAUUAGCUGCCAUCUUCCCCCAAGCAUCCCCAACCUUGGCCUGCUUCCUGCCCCCCUCUUUGGAGCCCCCUGGACCUAGCUGUUGAAAUGUGGGGGGUUGCUGCAUCUCUGAUGGAGGAGAGGUGACCGGUGGGCACCCUUCCACUAAUCCUGGCUUGCUGCAGGGGACAGGAUGGGGUCCCGGAGAAUUGGCUCUUUGCUCUACCCCAGACACCAGCUAUCCUGCAGUCUGCACAAGGGGUUCCUCCUGCUGGCUGACCGGGUGGCAGCUAGAUGGGGGUGGGGGUUCAGGAAGAGAGAAGCUGGGAGUCACCCCGUCUCCCAGGGCAGCAGCAAACCAUCUGAGGUGGAGUGCAGAUCCUCCCCCCCCCCCCCCCCCGCCAUGCCCUCUGCUCGGAGAUGGAACCCUUCAUCUGAUGCG